GUGAGUGGGGAUUUGGAUUGGGCUAGGCCUGGGGCUGCCCUUGGUUGGAGGAGGAAUGGUGUUCUAGAGAUCGUCUUUCCAUUCCCAGAUGCUGAAACACUGUGCCAACUUCCCUCGGGCACUGGAAGUCCUGCUUAAUGCCUAUCCUUGCAUCCCAUCGUGUGACACCUGGGUGGAGGCAGUGCUCCCGGAGCUGUGGCAGGAGCACGAAGCCUUCUACAGCUCGGCUGUGAGCAUGGUGAAUCAGCCGAGGAGGCUGCAGCACCUGGCCCGACUGGCUGUGCGUGUUCAGCUGGGUGGUCGCUGCCGGCAAGCUGCCACCAGGCUCCCACUGCCACCGCUCCUCAGGGACUACCUGCUGCUGCGUGUGGAGGGACGGAUCCAGUGAGCCCUGUGCCAGGUGUCUGCAGGCAUGGUUCCCCUGUUUGGAAAACCCUUCCACCUUUUUAGGCCUGGUCAAGGCUGAUUUGACCCUCGGGACUUAGUUUAAAUAGCACUAUCUCUGCAGACCUUCCUUUAACCACCCCAGCAGGGUCCUGCCUUGGCACGGUACUUAUUUAAGAACCUGUGUCUGCCUACACGAGGCAGAGGCUGGGACUGUAUUCCUUGAACAGGCAUUUCAGCAAAUGUAUGAGGCCUGGGACAUUUAGGA